CUUCAUCUACACAUUUUACUGCAUUUUACUCUGACGCUUAUGACAAAUAGAUCAAAAAGAAUUUCCAAUGAUUAGUAAAGAAUCGUAUUGAACUUGUAAUUAAUAACGUAAAUUUAUUACGAAAAAGUUUGUACAUAUACAUACUGCCGAUAGUGAUGUUUCAAAACAUUAGAACAACGUUUGGUCGUUUCAUCCUGUUUCGAAAAGUUAACCUUUAAUAAACUAACUAGAAGAUAUUUAAUGAUAUUUCUUAGUAAUGUGUCCGUGCGUGCGUGUAUUAUUUAACAAAAUUAAUUUCCUUGAAGGUGCAUAAAGAGCACCCUCAAGUAUUUAUUUGUCAGUUUCAAUAGCCCGAUAUUUACUAACUUCUAACAUACAGGCUCAUGUAAAUCAAGUGUAGCUGAAAAAUAUUGGAUUCUUACAAUUAUGGCUGGAGCUGAAGAUAUGGAAGUCAUUGAGCUUGGUUCUGACGAUGAGCAACCAGCUGCAAAAAACAGAAAAAAUAGAUCAGCUAGCAGUUGUAACAACAAUUGUAUUAAUUUCAAAUGCAAGUCUGGAAUAAAUAUGAAAUCGGCACCUUCAUUUGCUUGUAUAUUUUAUGGUUCAGCUGCAACAAAAAAAAAGAAACGAUUCAUAUGUGAAGCAUGCUUAGAUGCUGCGCUCAGUCAUCAAGAGAAUCUAGUGGAUUGCCUUUUGAAUCGGAAGCCACUUUUGGAAUGUGAUUUCCCAGAUCACACUAUGGAAGUAGAAAUAUCAGAUAGUGAUGAUUCGGACAAUGAUGAAGUCAAUGGGCCAAAGGAGGAAGAUGACUAUAUACCUGAGGAUGUUCUGCUAGACAUGGAAGAAAAGAUGGAGAGUGCUUUGUCAAUGAUUAUUAAAAAGUAUGAUAUCGACUACCAAAUCGAACAAGCUAAUGCUGUAUUGAAGCAACAGUGGAAUAAGAUUGAUGGAACCAAUGAAAAAAUAGACAAAAGUUUAUCGAAAAUGAUGUGUGAACUGGACAAGUUGCGGAACGGUCUGUAUGAAGAGUUCAAACCACAGAUUAAAAUGCUUCAAGAGAUUGAUCUAGAUUCAGAAUCUACGGAAACUCCUAACUAUCCACUUGUCGCAACGAAGAAAGUCACACAAAUGCGCGCUCCACCAGUUCCAGUUUCUGACAGUCAACCAGAAAUUUUACCACUCGAUGGAAUCGAGACUCAAUUAGUUGUAGUCGAUUUGCCACCUGCUGGUCAACUCAUUAAACCCAUGCCAGAUGUUGGGGAUCUAGUAUAUAUCAUGAAACACCCACUGAUGUCAUGGGUUAAGGGGAGGAUCCAAUCGGUGCAAUCGCAAAGCCCUUCGCAGUACCGUGUUAAAAUAUUAACAAAGAAGAACAAUUCCGUGGUAAAAACAGUGAUGGGUACACAGCUUGCACUAGCAAUACCUAGUUCUGUUCUUAUACCUGUUGGUACUAGAAUUGUUGCCAUUUUCAAAGAUGUGAAUGCCUGCGGAUACUAUAGUGGAGUGAUUGCAGAACCACCUAAAUCCACAAAUAAGUACAGGUACUUGGUUUUCUUCGAUGAUGGAUAUGCUCAAUAUGUUAUUCAUAAACAUAUCCUGAUAGUAAAUGAAUGGUCUUCUCGAGUAUGGGAAGACGUGCCAAAAGAAUCUCGGGAGUUUGUAAAGAAGUACAUGGAAUCGUAUCCUGAGAGGCCAAUGGUUAAGUUACAACCUGGCCAGGUGGUAAAGACUGAAUGGAACGCAAAAUGGUGGAUUGCAAAAGUGAUGCAAAUUGAUGCGAGUUUAGUGCAAAUGUAUUUUAAUGCAGAUGGAAGAACGGAGUGGAUUUAUAGAGGUUCUGCAAGGUUGGGUCCUCUCUAUGACGAAUUACUUAAGGCGAACCUCAGACAGCAUGGCCAUCAUGCUUCUCUUAACAACGCCAGUCAUCGCUUUCCACCUGCUACAAAUCGUAAUAGUCUCCCCUAUGUGGAAUAUACAUCGUUUAACAUCGAACCAGAUGACGAAGCACAGUCUGGAAAUCAAAAAUCACAAAAAAUUGUAGAAAUACAAACCAGUGCAGGUGCCAUUAGCGUUCCUGCAAAUACGACAGCUGCAAUACAAGCCCCAACUCAGACACGCGCUGUUGCUAGAAAAAGCACCAGUAAAAAGCAACCCGUUAUUGAGACUGCCAAUGUACCUGUUACUAUUAAUACUGGAACUGGAAGUAAUACAAAACCUUCGCAUAGUAUUGUCUAUUAUCAAACGCAAAAUAAGAUUCCGACUCGCAAAUAUGUACCCCACAAGUGUGGAUCAAAGUGCGUUGAAGGAAUAAUAUCUUAUACACCUGACAAUCUCCGUGGCUAUUCGCCUCUUUCAAUACCAUUGCUUUGUGGCUGGAACCGACAACUAUGCAAAUUCCCAAAAUUGAAAAAGAUAAUACUUUAUCAAGCUCCAUGUGGGAUCCGUCUCCGUACAAUAGAAGAAUUGCACCAAUACCUGCGGGUCACUGGCAGUCCUAUGUCCGUGGACUUGUUUGAUUUCGAUUGCUGGGUCCACUGCCUAGCCGAGUUCGUGUUGGACAAAUGUUUUGUCAAUAUUAAGGAUCUCAGCUAUGGCGUUGAAAAUGUAUUAAUCCCAUGUGUAAAUGAAUUGGAUCAUGCCUUGCCUGACGCCAUCAGAUACAGUACGCAAAGGCAACCGACGGAAGGUGUCAAUUUAAACUUGGAUCCAGAAUUUUUGUGUGGAUGUGACUGCGAAGAUGAUUGUCAAGAUAAAGAGAAAUGUGCAUGCUGGCAAUUGACUAUACAGGGAGCUACCCUGGGCGGGAGAGUCCCCGACACUGCUGUUGGUUACGUUUAUAAAAGAUUGCCUGAAGCUGUAGCAACGGGCAUCUACGAAUGUAAUUCACGAUGUAAAUGCUCCGUAAAAACCUGCCUCAACAGAGUGGUUCAACACCCCCUUACUCUAAAAUUACAAGUGUUCAAAACAGGGUCGCGGGGCUGGGGAAUAAGGUGUUUGAACGAUAUACCACUUGGAUCAUUUAUUUGCAUUUAUGCAGGAACCCUGCUUACGGAACAGGGUGCUAACGAAGGAGGCAAAAAUUAUGGAGACGAAUAUCUUGCUGAACUGGAUUACGUCGAGGCAGUGGAAGGGAUUAAAGAGGGUUAUGAAAGCGACGUCGUGGAUCCAGAUGUACAAAACGAUACUGCGGAUGAAAGUGGCAGAAAAUCAAAUGCCGUGAGUGAAGAAGAUGAGGAACCAGCGAAGGAAACUCUCGACUCUGAUGAAGACUUUAACAUAGGAAAAAAUAUUGAUAUUAAUAUGGACCCAGCUUCAUCCAUUAGGAAACGGUUGAGAAAACGGAAGAAGAAUGAAAGAGAAGAUCAAGGUGGAUCAGAAGAAACUAGCGAAGAUGGCAGUGUGACUAAGGAUUCCGAAAAUGCUGUUUCAAAACCUAUAGUCGUUUCUCAAAAUGGAAAAGUAGAUUGUGAUCUUAUUACUAUAAGUGACGAUGAUGAAGACAUUAGAAGAGAGCCAAGCAGGUUUGAACCAAGCGUAAAACCAGCUCAAUUAAGUUCCUCUCAGUCAAAAUCCGUGAGAGAAUAUUUCGGUGAAGACGAGGCUGUGUAUAUCAUGGAUGCAAAGACAACAGGAAAUAUUGGACGAUACCUUAAUCACUCUUGUGAUCCCAACGUAUUUGUGCAAAAUGUAUUCGUAGAUACUCAUGAUGUCCGAUUUCCUUGGGUUGCAUUCUUUGCCCUUAACUAUAUACGAUCGGGUCAAGAACUUACCUGGAACUAUAAUUACGACGUAGGAAGUAUUCCCGGAAAAGUAAUCAUAUGCAGAUGUGGAAGCUCUAAUUGCAGAGGUCGUCUUUUGUAAAUUUAUCUAAUGUAAGACAAAGAUUCCUUACAUCAUUUUUUAUUCGUCUACUCGAUAGCUCAACAACUCUUUCAAGUGACAAAACAUCACAGUACUGAAUAAUCACUUGAUCUGAAUUUUACUGCGGCUAUAGCACUUAGUCUCCUUCAAUUCCAAUGUAAAAUGUUAUCGAGAAUUUUAACUUCAGUGUUAUGAGUCAAUAAUAAAGAGUAUUUGGUUUUUAGAAUGUACAAUACAAAACAAAGUGGCUAUAU